AGUUUGAACGAGAAACUUGCGCAGUCGAGUUCUGACUAUUAGCUUCUCUUAGCAAUAUCAACAUGGCUGUUUACACGUCCACGCAGCCGCUACUUUCAAAUCGCGAUUUGUCCGUUACUCUCGAUCGUACGACUUUUGUAUUCAUCAUGUGCUUGUUUCUGACCAAAGGAGGUACAAGUACUCCUUUGAUUAAACACUAUGUAAAUGAUGCAAAUUAUUAUGACAUCUCAAGUUAUGAUGAUAGAUCGGAUCCCUUAGAGAAAUUUUAUUUAAUUACUGAACGAAAGUGGCACGCAGAUACUGUGUUGCCUAUACCUCUUUUACCAUCUACAAAGGGAAUGUCAACUACAUCUCAUCACAGGACUCCACAGUCCAUAACAGGACUGGAUGAUGCUGGAAUGGAUUUGCAAGCAGCUCAACUCAGUACCCGCACAGGACAGGAGGUACGCUCUACUGCAAAUUUAUCAUGGCUAGAGUGGCAAUUGCCAGUGUACGUAGCACUUUGCGCCAUUGGUAGCGCCAUUCUCUUUACAUUCUUGAUUUUGUUAUGGCUGCGGAAACAAAUGUCGCGUGAAAAAGAUACUGAAGAUGGUGAUAGGAAAGGUUUGGUAGAGGAAGGUGCUGUGAGUCAUUCAAAAAAGCCUAUCAAGCCUGCAAUAGAAUCAGUCGAAUGGAUUCAUCAACCAGCAACAAAACCAUCUAUUCAAUCUGUUCAAGCUGCCCCGUCAGUCACACAAGCUACUGGUUUACCAGAGGUAAUGUCGGUGGUGACACCAGAACGCAGACCAGAACCAAUACGUAUAAAAGCUAAAGGAUUAUUAGAACGGCGUGGAUCAAACGCAAGUUUGACCAUAGAAUUAGCGCCUCCUCCGGAAAGCCCGCCACAUAUUGUUACACCCACUCGUGAAUGUACUGCGGAGGAAUUUUUGUUGAGCGCCGGAAAUGUUCUGUCAAGAGCUCAGCUUAAAAAAGCAAUCAGUGACCCAACAUGGUUACAUAAAGAAUUUUGGGAAGUUCCUCUUAACUUGCCCGAGAAAUUGGAUAUUUGUGGAUCUGGAGUAAAGAAUAGAUAUUGUUCCGUAUUACCAAACCCACAGUCGAGGGUGAUUUUGCCAGCUACUUCUGACGAUCCUCUUUCUAGCUAUAUCAAUGCCAAUUACAUUCGAGGAUACGAUGGAGAAGAGUCUCGUUAUAUUGCAACCCAGGGACCAUUGGCUCACACUGUUGAUGAUUUCUGGAGAAUGAUCUGGGCAGAAAAUGUACCCGCGGUAGUCAUGAUAACGAAGUUACGCGAGGCCACGAAAACAAAAUGUGAAGCAUAUUUUCCAUUGGAUAAAAAUAGUCGCAUACAAGCUGGAUCGUUUGCUAUCAUUGUUAACUCUAUCGAUGCGAAAGAAGGUUACACGAUCAGAGAUUUGGAACUUCGAUAUGAAGGAGAUAAAAGACAUGUACAGCAUUAUUGGUAUGAUUCCUGGCCGGAUCAUGCUGUUCCUCAAACUGCGGAUACACUCGUUAGUUUAGCUGUAGAAGUAAAUUCUCUACCAGGUCCAGUUGUUGUUCAUUGUAGUGCAGGAAUUGGACGAACUGGUUGUUUCAUAGCUUUAGCCACGGGAAUGACACAGCUAUUAAGAGAUGGGAAUGUAGACGUGUUGGGUAUUUUAUGCCAAAUGAGAUAUGACAGAGGCGGUAUGGUUCAGACAGCAGAACAGUACGAAUUUGUUCAUCGUGCACUUUGUCUGUAUGAACAGACGCUCGAUGGUGGAAAGUCGUCAAGUUCAGGAGAUUGAAACUCUAAACAAUACAAUUAUGGGAAUUGAUAAUUCAUUAAAACAAAUUUGUCAGAAUUAUUGUGGAGAGAUUUACAAACUACUAUAGGAUAUUAUCUGCAACAUAUUACUUCGUCCAGGAGUGAAUAUCUAUGGAGGAACUCUACGAAAAGAAUCUCGAUUCUAGACCAAUAUUUUUUUUGACCCUCAAUUAUUUAAGAUCAGUUUCAUCUCACUAAAUAAGCUGCCAUUUCUAUACUGCCAUGAUCAAUCGUUGACAAUUAAUAUCAGUCACAAAGCUCAAGAUAAAGGUAAACGGUUUAUUGACUUAUGUUUUAAAGAAUAUACUGUUCUUAAACGGAAUUAAAACUAUUUGACAAAUGAAAAAAAAAAAAAAUAUUUCGAUGUGACUCUCGAGAUAUCAAGAUUUAUCAGAAUAUUGAUUCAAAUUUUUAUGCAUUCUGUAUGCAUUUUUAUGCAUUGUAUGUUACAAAUUAGACUUGUCAGUUAUAAAUACUUGCGUCUAUAAUAUUCUCAGAAGUCUAUACUUUCUACGAUAUAAGCCAUAAGCAAUUCUUUCUUAGCUUUCUAGUGCAAUAAGCUAUUAAGAAAUUAAUGUUACUGUUGAAUAUCACAAUUAUAGAAAUGUUAAACGGUUAAUGGUUAUUUCAAAAUGAAACCAUGAAUAAAAAAAAGAUAAAUGAUUAUAAAAAUUGGGACCCAUGUCGAUUAAAAUAUUUUUAUCUAUUUGUAGUUCCUAGUUAAUUUAAUAGUAAAACAUACACACUGACUAUUUCCAUGACUUUUCAUUAAUUUAAAAGACUGAAUGCAGGUAGUACAAUAUGUUUAUUAUAUAAGUUAUACAUUUAAUUAGAAAUACAGUAGAACUCUAUUUAUUUGAACAAAAUUUUAGUCAAUAUUCAAUUAAAUGAACUCUUGCUAGUUGAAUCUACUUAUUGCUAAUUGAAUCUGAACUACUGUUCAUUAUAAAUAAAAAGUCACUAACAAAAGGGAGAAUCACUGAAUUUUUAUUAUACGAACUCCAAUUAUAUAAUAAGUGGAGUUCUAUUGUAAUAUGCUUCUCUGACCCAUGAUGUUAUAAGGUUGUAAGAGAUGUAGUUUUACUUGAAAAAAAAAAGAUAGCAAAUUGUUGAUCUGAAUCUUGAAAGGCAAACUAUUCUUCAUGUAGUAAAACAAAAUUGAAAUUGUAUAUCAUUCUAAGUAUUGUGUACAAAACUAUAGUUAUUUAUUCUAUUUAGUUUUUCGAGUAAAAAUCAACAUUCAAUGAAACUCCAAUGCAAUUUCAUUAAAUUAAAGCAACCAUUAAUUUUUUUUUUUUUAAUCGGCUGA